UGAGGGCAUGCUCUGGCACCGGCAUGCCGGUCAUAAUCAGGGAGGCCGUGAACCGCACGGUGCUCAAUGUCAUAUCCAACAUCCUCUUCUCCGAGGAUGUGGCGGACUUGAGCGCGCCGGGGGCCCAACCUUUCAGGGGACUCAUUGUGCCGGUACUAGAGGAGUGGUCAAAAUCCAACGUCUCUGACGCCUUCCCAUUCCUCGCACCAAUUGACCACCUCUUCGGCUCGCGUCGUCGCAUCUCCAUACAUCUCGCCAAACUGUUCAACUUCUUUGACCAGGAGAUCGUUCAGCGCCGGUUAGCUAGAAAUGGCACUGGCACUGGCAGUAAGAAGAACAACGACGUGCUGGACAUUCUCCUCGAGCGGCACGCCAUGUCCAAGCUCACUCGGCAAGAAAUCAUCACGUUCCUAACAGAUAUGUUCAUCGCCGCAAGUGACACGAGCACGGUGACUGUGCAGUGGGCUAUGGCCCAGCUACUGCGCCACCCAGAGAAGAUGGACAAGGUACGGAACGAGCUCGCAACAUGCCUUGCAGCUGGGUCCAGUGACUUUGUCAGGGAGAGCGACCUCGACAACCUUCCCUACCUCCAUGCCGUGGUGAAGGAGACACUACGGCUGCACCCAGCAGUACCAUUGAUACCGCGGGAGGUGGCCACCAACGGAGUGUCACUCGGUGGCUUCCCCAUCCCAAUCGGAAUGGGUGUCGUUGUCAACUUGUGGGCAAUUGGAAGGGACCCUAUGGUAUGGCCUCAACCUAACAAGUUUGUGCCUGAAAGGUUCUUGGCUGCAGGUGCAGACGAGGCUGUGCACUUUCAGGGCAAGGACGACUAUACCUAUAGGCCAUUCGGUGCCGGCCGGAGGGUGUGCCCUGGAAUGGACUAUGCUCUGCGAUCAGUGCCUCUGCUACUAGCCUCACUUGUGCACAAAACAGAAUGGAGACUACCUGAUGGCAUGGCACCCGAGGAUAUUGAUCUCAACGACUGCUAUGGCACUGUGCUGAAUCUUGCUACGCCACUCGGUGCCGUGCCAGUCUCCACCGUGUGACGUGCAUGCCUAUAUAUCAAUUAUCUUGCGGGCUCGUUUAAUUAUUGAGAUGCUAUUAUCUGCCGACAUAUUUCUUUUGAAAAAACAUGUAAUCUCUCCUAUACUAUUCCUAACUUAUCUCCAGUAGAGGCUUCCUACCCUUUAAGUCUUGUAGUCUAUAGCCCGCGAGGCUCAGCAAUACAACAAGCGAUUCCACCAAUUGUCUCCCCGCUAACCCUCUAACAUAAAAUAUUGAUACAGAAGAGGAACUAAAUGUCACAGGUAGGGAAAUCAACUAUUCCAUAAAAUCAAGUGAUUUUUUUAUCAAUAUCUUGUGGGCUUGUCUAAUUAUUUAGAUGCUAUUAUCUGCCAUAUAAUUUUGU